CUCGGGUCAGAUCCCAGAGUUGACUCAACUUCUGCUCUUACUACUAGAUUUUAUUUCUAGUGAAUCCUGAAUCUGUGGGGUGGAAGCCCCCCGUCCCACCCCGGAUCUGUGGGCUACUGGGGCAAAGGGUGCUCGGGGGCCAGUGUCAGGAGUAGGGGGUGAUGGCAGAUACACCUGGUGGGGUCGGUGUUGGUGUCACUGUCACACUCAGUAAUAGUGCGCUGGGCCGUCACACUCAGUAAUAGUGUGCUGUCUGUCACACAGUAAUAGUGGGCUGUCACACUCAGUAAUAGUGCCCUGUCUGUCACACUCAGUAAUAAGUGUGCUGGGCUGUCACACUCAGUGAUAAGUGUGCUGUCACACUCAGUAAUAGUGCACUGGGCUGCCGCACAGUAAUAGUGUGCUGGGCUGUCACACUCGGUAAUAGUGCACUGGGCUGUCACACUCAGUAAUAGUGUGCUGUUUGUGACACUCAGUAAUAGCGCGCUGGGCCGUCACACUCAGUAACAAGUGUGCGGUCACACGGAGUCCGGUGAACAGGGUUUUGUUGCGGGGUUUCACAGGCGGUUAUGUAACAGGGAGUGCCCUGGUUUGGCGGGUUUUUAAGCAGCGUCUUUGCUGAGAGACGAUCAUUCGGAGCGGAUUAUCCCAGCGACGGUUCGCAGACAUGAACGGACAAGCCAGGGCGAGAACGCUGAAUGACCGGCCUAUCAUAGGGAUCUUGGCACAGCACACGGUGGAUGACCUGUCCGAGGUGGCCGCGACCUACGUGGCGUCUUCCUACGUGAAGUACCUGGAGUCGGCCGGCUGCAGAGUGGCGGUUAUCAGGUUGUAUCUCAGUGAGACUGAAUAUGAGAAGAUAUUUUACUCAAUAAACGGGAUCCUGCUCCCCGGAGGAGCCGUGGACCUGCAGACCUCCGAGUUCGCCCGGGUGGCCGGGAUCUUCUACAGGCUGGCAUUGGAGGCCUGUGACCAGGGCGACUACUUCCCGGUGUGGGGGACGUGCCUGGGGCACCAGCUGCUGACGGCGCUCACCGCCGGCCAGAAUCUGCUCAGCAGGACGGACAGCAGCAAAGUGGCGCUAACGCUGGACUUCACCGAGGAAACGAAGUGGUGUAAAAUGUUCCGAGAUUUCUCCCCGGAGAUGCUGAGAGUUUUGUCGGAAAAACCGCUGACCGGAAACUUCCACAAGUACAGCGUCACGCUGCAGGCCUUCGAAGCGAAUGAGAAGUUGCGCUCGUUCUACAGACUGGUCAGCACCAGCGCCGACCGGCAGGGAGUCACCUUGUCUCGACCAUGGAAGCGUUCCGAUAUCCGAUUUACGGCACCCAGUGGCAUCCGGAAGCGAACCGAUAUUUUUGGGAGGAAAGCUUGGAUGCCCCACACUGUCCCCUGGGAGUCAGGAUGUCCUACCUGAAUGGCUGAGUUCUUCGUCAAUGAAGCCAGGAGAAAUUUUCACCAGUUUGAGAAUAAGGAAGAGGAAGAAUCUGUCCUCAUUGAUCGACACACGCCUACAUGGGACAGGAGCUCUUUCCGAAGCGUCUACCUCUUUGACUGACCUGCUGUGGGUAACUGACUGAGUUUGUACCCUGCAGACCGCAUGGGUGAUGUGAAGCUUCUGUCCUGUCCACACAAUGUCUUCCAGCCACAAAAUCCUGCAGGUGCUGGCGAUCUAUAAACCUGGGAAUACUCAGCCAAGAAGCCAGCCCCUGUGGAAGAAGGGGUCACGUGCUUUGUGUUAAUGACCUUCCAUCGGUUCUGAUGCGAGAUCAUUGAUCUGGAACUCUUGAGUGCAGACGAGAAGCUCAGCUGUGCGGGCAUCACAGUCAAGUCCCAUCCACGUCGCCAGGGUUUCUGUGCAGGAAUGUGGAAGCUCUCAGAACCUUGUACAGAUGGUGGUUGAGAUGGGUGACAGGGCAGGGGGCAGGUUCGGCAGGGUGUGUGGGCAACAUUCAACCAUCUUUCUGUC